CGUCCGAAGCUCAGAUCGAAAUCUAGUCAAGAUCUGUCUCUGUCCGCUCGUCCGGCUGUCCGCCGGUCCACUGUCCGUUUGAGAGCCCCAGUACGAGUGCGUGGUCUUGGUCUGCCUUGUCGUCGAGCAGUAUAAAAGUAACGCAAUGCACGCAAUCCACUUACAGUUGCAAUUCUCCCUCCAAGCCAAGUGAUUCGUUAUCCAGCGCUAGCAUGAAACUUCUGAUUCUCACCACUUUGCUGGCUGCCGCCAAUGCUGCUCCUGGACUUCUGGACUAUGGACACUCGGCACCGGACUACAGCUACGCCCAUGCUGCUCCUGCCAUCACCUAUGCAGCUGCCGCUCCAGUGAUCAAGUCAUAUGCUGCUCCCGCGAUCACUUAUUCGGCUCCGGCUCCGGUGAUUAAGUCCUACGCUGCUCCGGCCAUCAGCUAUGCCCACGCUGCUCCCGCCAUCAGCUACGCCGCUCCCACGGUGGUCAAGUCCUAUGCGGCUCCUGUGGCGGUGAAGGUGGCAGCUCCGGCCACCAGCUACUCGCACUUCAGCUCGGUUGUUUCCCAUGCCCAGCCCGUGGUCAAGUCGUACGCUGCGCCGGCCAUCGCAUAUGCCCCAGCUCCUGUGAUCAAAUCCUACGCAGCUCCGGCCAUUAGCUACGCCCAUGCCGCCCCAGCCAUCAGCUACGCCGCACCCACGGUGCUCAAGUCCUAUGCGGCCCCAUCCAUCAGCUACGCAGCUCCGACCCUGCUGAAGUCCUACUCCGCUCCGGCCCUGUCCCUGGGUGGCUACGAUGAUCACGGCUACGGCUACCACUAAGCUCUGAUACCAAAUCCAUACUCCAAAUCCGCAUACCAGUCGAUCUUAAGUCGGAAAUGGAGCGAAUGGAGCAGUUAACUGCGAGGAGUCGCAGCAGCCGAGGCACGUUCUCCCUUUAACCUCUCAACCCGUAGUCGCAAUGUCUUCACUUUCUUCUCUGUUUACUU